AAUGUUUUCAUCACUUCCGGUGCCUGUCCAGGGCUUUAAGAAGGUAGCAUCAGAUACUGCUCUUACAAAUUCUGCUGAUUGAUACAUGAUGGCUCUCAAGGUGGUCAUAAGCAAAGACAAGCCAGCUGCAGCUGCAAUCGUUGCGGUUGAGUAUUUGAAGGCAAAGGGUGAGGACGUAAGCUGGGAGUUUGGUCCCUCCAACAGCCUCACAGUCAACAAGGAUGUGAAUUUCACUUUCUGCCCCUCCAUUUGUCGCUAUCUGGCCCGAGCAUUCCCAGCAGCCGGACUUCAAGGGGGACCUGUUCUGGAGAAAACUGAGGUUGACCACUGGAUCCAGUUCGCUGGAGGUCAGCUGUCCUGUGCGUCAGACUUCGCGGAUGCCAUCCAGUACCUGGACAACGUGCUUGGCUCCAUCACCUUCCUGGUCGGCCACAACUUCACCAUCGCUGACUUCAUCGUGUGGGAGGCCCUGCAGACCAACGGCCAGUGGCACUCUAUGCUAGAGAAGGGGCGUGCUCCUCCACACGUCAAGCGUUACUACAACUUCCUGUCAUCAGAGGCUAUCUUUGCAUCCACGGUCAGCAAGCUGCCAAAGGUCGAGAUCAAGGGAGAUAAGCGAGGAGAUGGUGUUGUGAAGAAAGACGAGGGGAAGUAUGUUGACCUACCAGGGGCAGAGAUGGGGAAAGUGGUCGUCAGAUUCCCCCCAGAGGCCAGUGGGUACCUGCAUAUCGGCCAUGCCAAGGCAGCGCUACUCAACCAGUACUACGCAGAGGCCUUCAAGGGUAAACUCAUUAUGAGGUUUGACGACACAAACCCAGCCAAGGAGAACGAGGAGUAUGAGAAGGUCAUUCUGGAGGACCUGGCUAAGCUGGGGGUCAAGUACGACAUCUUCAGUCACUCCUCUGACCACUUCGACCGUCUGAUGGGCCUCUGUGAGAAGCUGAUCCGUGACAAGAAGGCGUACGUGGACGACACCGACCCCGAGACAAUGAAGAAGGAGAGGGAAGAGAGGAAGGAAUCCAAGAACAGAAACAACAGUGUUGACAAGAACCUCAGCAUGUGGCAGGAGAUGGUGCAGGCCACUCCAAGCGGUCAGCGCUGUGCCGUCCGGGCCAAAAUCAGCAUGGCAUCUGACAACGGGUGUAUGAGGGACCCAACCAUUUACCGGUGCAAGAACGAGCCUCACAUCAGGACAGGGACUAAAUACAAGGUGUAUCCGACUUACGACUUCGCUUGUCCAGUGGUGGACAGUGUUGAGGGAGUGACCCAUGCCUUGAGGACCACCGAGUACCAUGACCGAGACGACCAGUAUUUCUGGUUCAUUGACCAGCUCGGGUUGAGGAAGCCACACAUCUACGAGUAUAGCAGACUGAACCUGCAGAAUAUUGUCAUGUCCAAGAGGAAGCUCACCUGGUUUGUCAACGAGGGCAUCGUCGAGGGCUGGAAUGAUCCACGCUUCCCAACAGUGCGAGGCGUGUUGAGGAGAGGAAUGACAGUUGAAGGUUUGAAGCAGUUUAUUGUCUCACAGGGCUCCUCUCGUUCAGUUGUUAUGAUGGAGUGGGACAAGAUAUGGGCCUGCAAUAAGAAGGUCAUUGACCCAGUUGUCCCACGCUUCACAGCGCUAGAGAAGGGGGAUGUCGUGCCCGUAUCUGUGGCAGGAGCCAAGGAUCUGUCCGAGGAAGUCGCCAAGCAUCCUAAGAACAAGGAUGUUGGCAUGAAGACUGUGUGGUACGGCCCAAAGUUGUACAUAGAGGGCGCUGAUGCUCAGGUCAUCAAGGAAGGCGAGAUUGUCACGUUUAUCAACUGGGGAAAUCUCAAGAUCAAGGCCAUCAAGAAGGACGGUGAAGGCAAAGUGGUGUCCGUUGAUGCUGAGCUCAACCUGGACAACAAAGACUACAAGAAGACCCAGAAGAUCACGUGGCUGACAGUCACGGACAAGGCGCCACUGAUCCCGGCGGUGUGUGUACAGCUGGACUACCUCAUCACCAAGCCUGUGCUGGGCAAGGAGGAAGACUUCAAGGACUUUGUCAACAAGGACUCCAGGAAUGAAACCGAGAUGCUGGGUGAUCCUUGUCUGGCAACAUUGAAGAAAGGGGAGAUAAUCCAGCUCCAAAGACGAGGUUAUUUCAUCUGCGACCAACCUUAUGAACCAGUCAGCCGGUACUCUGGGAGAGCAAGUCCCUGUGUGUUGCUGAACAUCCCUGACGGCCAUCAGAAGGACAUGCCGACUACAGGAUCCAAACACAAGCAGGAGGCCAGUGCCAAGGAGAAGGCUCAGAGCAAGAAGGGAAAGUCUGCAGAGAAAUCCCCUCAGGACGAGCAGCCACCCUCGGAACUGAGCUCCGUCAGCGAGGUCGACCUCGACAACAACAUCCGUGCUCAGGGAGACCUAGUCCGGAAACUCAAGUCAGAAAAAGCUCCCAAGGGCCAGGUCGAUGUGGCUGUGAAGACACUGCUAAGUCUGAAAGCCGACUUCAAGGCAGCGGCCGGGAAGGAUUGGAAGCCAGACGUCAAACUGCCAGAACCAGCUGCAGCUGCCAAGAAGGUCGGAGCUGGUGAUGUCAAUGUCAAUGACCUUAACAACAAGGUCACAGCUCAAGGCAAUCAAGUUAGAGAGCUCAAGUCCAAGAAGGCACCAAAGGACCAGAUUGAUGCAGCUGUGAAGUCGUUACUGAGUCUGAAAGCAGACUUCAAGGCAGCGACAGGGUUAGACUGGAAGCCUGACAUGAAGCUUCCUACAGGGUCUGGUGCCCCUGCAAACCAGGCGUCGAGUGGCAACAUGGAUGACCUAAACAACAAGAUUGCUGCCCAGGGCAACACUGUGCGGGAUCUCAAGUCCAAGAAGGCGUCAAAGGGGGAAGUUGAUGCUGCAGUGAAGGUCCUCCUGGCUCUCAAGGCCGACUACAAGUCUGCUACUGGGAAAGACUGGAAGCCUGGAGCAGACGGCGGGAAGAAGGCAGCAGCGCCAUCUGGUGGCAGCGGCAUCAAGGGAGGGAAUCAGGAACUGGAACAGAAAAUAGCAGACCAGGGCGGCAAGGUUCGAGAUCUCAAGAGCAAGAAGGCAUCAAAGAGUGACAUUGAUGCGGAAGUGAAGAUACUGCUGAGUUUGAAGGCUGAGUAUAAGGCAGCGACUGGCAACGACUGGAAGCCGCCACAAGGGGGAGCCACCCAGCCAGCGAAGUCAGCACCCGAGAUGUCAGCUACAACAGACUCGGCAGAAGCGGCAGCGCUCAAAACAAAAAUUGAUGCUCAGGGAGAAAAAGUUAGACUGCUCAAAACUUCAGGAGGCGACAAGGCUGCAGUAGAUGUGGAGGUAAAGGCCCUGCUAGACCUGAAAGGUCAGUACAAGGCCCUGACUGGGGAGGACCUGGCUGGUGGAGGACGCAAGCAGGACAAGAAGGAGAAGAAGCAGGACAAGAAACAAGAAAAGAAACAAGAGAAGAAACAAGAGAAGAAGGCCGAGCCAAAGGCAGCUGUUGAUGGGGCCGCAGGGGGACCCAAGAAAGUCACAAGGUUAGGACUUGAAGCGCGAAAGGAGGAGGCUCUGUCUGACUGGUACUCCCAGGUGAUCACCAAGGCGGAGCUGAUCGAGUACUACGAUGUGAGUGGCUGUUACAUCCUCCGACCCUGGGCCUUCUCCAUUUGGGAGAUGAUCAAGGACUUCUUCGACAAAGAGAUCAAGAAACUGGGUGUGGAAAAUUGCUACUUCCCUAUAUUUGUGUCGCAGCAGGCUCUGGAGAAGGAGAAGACACACAUAGAAGACUUCGCCCCGGAGGUUGCUUGGGUAACCAAGUCUGGCCAAUCCGAACUAGCAGAACCCAUCGCCAUUCGUCCAACCAGUGAAACUGUGAUGUACCCCUCCUACGCCAAGUGGAUCAAGUCCCACCGUGAUCUCCCACUCAGGCUCAACCAGUGGUGUAAUGUUGUGAGGUGGGAAUUUAAGCACCCACAACCAUUCCUCAGGACUCGAGAGUUCUUGUGGCAAGAGGGCCACACAGCAUUUGCUGGCAAGGACGAGGCGUGUGAAGAGGUCUACAAGAUCCUGGAGCUAUAUGCAAGGGUGUACGAAGACUUACUAGCCAUCCCUGUAGUUCGAGGAAGGAAGACUGAGAAGGAAAAGUUUGCUGGUGGAGACUUCACUACAACUGUGGAGGCCUACAUAUCAGCUAGCGGCAGAGCCAUCCAGGGAGGCACCUCACAUCACCUGGGCCAGAACUUCUCCAAGAUGUUCGAUAUCACGUAUGAAGACCCCGAGACGCAUGAGAAGAACUAUGUAUUCCAGAACUCCUGGGGUCUUACGACACGAACAAUAGGUGUUCUAUGUAUGGUCCAUGGAGACAACACUGGUCUGGUGCUGCCACCUAGGAUCGCCUGCUUACAGAUUGUGAUCGUGCCAUGUGGUGUGACGGCCAGCAUGCAGCCAGCGGACGAGAAGAACCUCAUGGAGAAAUGUGACGAGCUAGGCAAGACGCUGUUGGCUGCUGGGAUCCGGUGUAAGGCUGAUCUCCGAGACAACUACUCUCCAGGCUGGAAGUUCAACCACUGGGAACUGAAGGGUGUGCCAAUCCGGGUAGAGCUGGGUCCCCGGGACUUGAAGCAGAAUCAGUUGGUUGCUGUGAGACGUGACACCGGGGACAAGAUAACACUGAAGAAUGACAACAUUGUUAAACAGCUGAAUGAUCUACUCAACACAAUCCAAGAUGACUUAUAUGCAAAGGCAAAGAAAGAUAUGGACCAAUUUAUGAGUGUGUCACAUGACUGGACUGACUUCUGCAACAGCCUUGAUCAGAAGAAACUCAUCCAGGCUCCGUUCUGUGGAGAAAUCCCAUGUGAGGACAAGAUCAAGAAGGACAGUGCUAGGGACGUUGUUGUGGAGGAGGGGGCGCCUGCUAUGGGGGCUAAGGGGCUGUGUAUCCCCUUCAAACAACCACAGCAGCUCAAGUCCGGGACCAAGUGCAUUCACCCAGACUGUGGCAAACCAGCCAAAUAUUUCACACUGUUCGGCAGAAGCUACUAGAGAGCAACAAUUCAUCAGUCCAGUAGUGGUUGACAACGUGAAACUAUUAGAGGGCUAGGCUCGGGGGAAAGUUGGAUCAAGUCGUUACAGUUCACACAUCUGCUGAUAUGGUUCUCUGCAUCCAGCUUAUUAAAUAAUGACUAAUUGCCAAGUACGCAGAAAGAAUAUCUCAAGUUCAUGCAGAGCAUCAGUCUGGACCAGGAUAUAUUUCUAUGUCCAUGAAGGGGGCACGGGUCGUGGGUCGCCCAGUCGUCUAAGGCACCGCGAUUCGCUGUGCAGAGUUGCGUCCCUUGGGCACGCCAGAAACCUAUGAUUGUGGGUUCGAAUCCUGGUUCGCCCCAAUUA